GUAUGAACCAGUUCAACCAGAUGGGGAUGCAGUCUACGGGUCAGAGGUCGACCCCUCCUCUCCCCCUCACACCCAUCAACCAGGUCAGUGCUCUUUUAUGUGCACUUAAUGGGCGCUGUUUUGGAAAGAAAGCGUUAUACCCAAAUACAAACGUUUUUGUGUUCAAUAGAUCUUAUAGAUGUAUUUUGAUGCAAGAGGAACCGUAUCAUGUCAUAGCACUAACGUAUACAUUGAUGCAACACACGGAGUAGUCCCUAGUAUCAAAAGUGUCUGAAAGGACUAAUAUGAGCGCUGUUCUAAACCAAUGUCUGUUGUGUCCCCUGUAGAUGGGCAUGGGGAACCCCAGGAUGGGCCAGCCCAACGUGGGCCAGCUCCAGAACCAGUACCUACCCCAGGGACAGUUCCCAGGCUCCGGCCCAGGACCAGGUCUCGGCACGGGGCAGCCCGGCAUGGUACAGCCUGCUAUGAACCAGCAAGGCAACCAGGGAGGCAUGGCACAGAUGAGAGAGGUGGGCAAAAGUGGAAGUAUAUGGUCUGUCGCUGCCCUCAAAGUCCUAUGUAGAUGCAUGAAACGGAAGGACAGAUUGGGUACCCUUUAUGAGGGAUUCUAUGAUGUUGGUUUUAAUUGUGAAUCUCAUCACUAAACACAGUCACUAAUGCAUUUCCACACAUCUGUACAUGCACAAUGAAUCCCUCCUUCCUACCCUAGUGUUUCCUCAUGUAGGUUCACUGGAGGGAUGCCCCCGUCAUACAUAAUGUAUGUUAAUGUCUGAAUAAUGUAUGAACUAUUAAUGCUAAAUGCCUUAUCUCUCCCUCCCAAUCUCUCUCUCCUUACAGACUCAGAUACCCAUUCCUUCCCCUCUCCCCGUCAACAGCCCUCUAGCCGGGCCCGGCUCAGUCGGAGGGGGUAGCGGUGUCCCCUCGGUAGGGCCCAUGGGUCCUCAGAGUGUGGGUGGAGGCCCCUUGUCCAACCUGCCCCUGUCCAACAACCCCCAGCAGCCCAACUCCAUCCCCCACCUCUCGGCCAUGCGCCAGAGCUCUCCCUCCCCCGCCCGUAGCCUCACCCCCACACCCCACCAAACGCCACCCAGGCUAGUUGGCUCACAGACCCCCCAGCCCCACACCCCCAACCCGUCCAAGCUGGCCCCCCCAGGCCCUCAGCAGCAGCUAGGGCCCGGCAGCCAGGGGCCAGGCUCCAACAAGCCCAUGCAGCAGGGGGUGGGAGCGGGGUCCACCACCCCAUCUCACCCUGGUCAUCCCUCAACAACCCCCAACCCCCAUGGAGGCCAGCUCCCUCGCACGCCGCGCACUCCGGUGAGAUUUAUUAGAUAAUUUAGAAACGUACAGCUAUAUCUCCAACACAUGGUAUGAAUAGUACAUUGAGUCAGUACAAGUUUUACAAAAGUGAUCACAACGUUGACAUACAGCUGCAAAAUGGAGCAGUUAACAGUCAAUGUAAUAAUCAAUUGUUUAGGAAUUUCCUCUGACCUCUCACUCACCUGACUGCACUCAAUUGCCUGUCAAUUUCCAAACCUUCACUGUAACUCCCAUGGGGGUUGUUGCAUUCUCUUGUAGUAUCUAUCCUUUUCUAACAGUGUUCUGUCUCUCUGUCUCUCUCUGUGUCUGUCUCUCUCCCCCCAGAUGUCCCAGAAGGGUGGCUUCCAGUCCCAGGACGGUCAGGCUCUGACCCCAGCGUCGGUCAGCAGUGUGGACACGGCCUCCCAGCAGGCCUCCCAGUCAGACACCUCUGCUUCCGUGGACCCCAAGACGGAGGUCAAGCAGCAGCAGGAUGAGGACGACGAUGGGGAGGAAGGCUGCUCCAAGGGGGGGAAGUUAUCCAACAUCAAGCUGGAGAACAAACCCAUCAAAAUGGAGGGGGUGAAGAAAGAGGAAUGUGGAGGCGACGGGGGCAAAGGUGUUCCCAUGGAAACGUCAUCAUUGGCAGGGGUUAAAAGUGAAGACAGGGUGAAGACUGAAGACCGGAAGCCGGAGGUGAAGAAGGAGCCGAAAGAGGAAGAGAAGGGAUCAGAGUCCCCUGGUACACCGUCUGGUGCCCAGAACAAGAAGAAGAGUAAGGACUGCUUUAUUCUGUUAAUGAUUAUGUGAUCGCAUUUGUACUGUGUACAAGUUAUGUUUCUAUACUCUCUGUGGUUAUGUUCCUGCUUCUGCAAAUGUAUGCAGUUAUAAUCCGUGUCUGAAUCCAACUCGAACCCUAACCUAUCUCUCUACCCCUCUCCCUCCUCCUCCUCUCCUUCCACCUCUCUCAGUCUUUAAGCCAGAGGAGCUGCGCCAGGCCCUCAUACCCACCCUGGAAUCUCUGUACAGACAGGACCCAGAGUCUCUGCCCUUCAGACAGCCUGUGGACCCUCAUCUACUGGGCAUACCUGUACGUACUGCGUAUUCACACUGUUUCAGUUUAAUGUUCUAUCACAAAAAUGUGCUUUUUACAUGUGAAGCUAGCCAAAUAAAUGUCCCACCUGUGGAAUAAUAAAGGAACCUUAACUUGACCCUAUCUCUCUUUCUCCCUCCCCAGGACUACUUUGACAUAGUGAAGACCCCCAUGGACCUGUCCACUAUAAAGCGGAAGCUGGAUACGGGUCAGUACCAGGAACCCUGGCAGUACGUGGAUGACAUCUGGGUCAUGUUGAACAACGCCUGGCUUUACAACCGCAAGACGUCCCGCGUCUACAAGUACUGCUCCAAGCUGGCCGAGGUGUUCGAGGCCGAGAUAGAUCCCGUCAUGAAGGGCCUGGGUUACUGCUGCGGCAAGAAGGUGAAAUGGGAGUGUGAUGCGGGGUUGUGUGGUUGGUUAUUAGGGUGUGUGGGUGUCUGUCUGGUGUGUGUGACGUGUAGUGUCAGGCUAGAUGUAGUUAUUGCAUCUCUAUUGCAUUGCUAGUUUCACAUCCAGUUCUGUGCAUGGAGACGAGGCUUGGUAUAACACCACCAUAUUAAGUUUCAACACUUUUAAUAUUGACCAUAACCUCGCAGCUAUUUCUGACUUUGCUCAUGAAUGGGCUAAGCUAAGUGGUCAACAGGGAUGACUAGAGCGUCUCCUUUUAUGAAAACGAGGCAAAGCGGUCGGGCUGAGCCCUUCAGAUGGCCCAUAAGGCCGGACAGCUGUUGUCAUUUACUGUGACGGUGAGCCUGAAGGGCCAUGUGAGCCAGGGCUGGCACAUUCCUCUGGCCUAACCAAAUGACCUCCAUGAUAACGCCAAAAUAUUUUCUGUUGCUUUGGGCAGAAGCUCUAGAUGUAGCAAUAGUCUGUCCUCUUGGGUCUAAUGGUGCUCAUGAUCAUGGAUUGGGCAGUUUCCCUGGUCGCAUGGUCUUGUAAAACUCCUGGCAAUACUUAACAUAAAGAUUUUAAUUAGCCAACUUUUUUUCAUUCUCCUUCCACCAGUCUUUGUUUGUUAGUACUUCUAUUUUAUACUUUUAAAAAAAUGUGUAGCACUUUGUUGAAAAGCGCUAUACAAAUAUUAUUAUAUUACUGCUAGUGUUGAAGGACCAAACUGUUUUGAAAGUUAAUUAGGCGAUUUUAAAGUAGUAUUCCUUUAUCAUCUAACUUUCUCCUUCCUUCUCCUCCGUCAGUUGGAGUUCUCUCCCCAGACGUUGUGCUGCUAUGGAAAGCAGCUGUGUACUAUACCCCGGGACGCUGCCUACUUCAGCUACCAGAACAGGUAUGGAGAGAGCUGAGGGACACACACGGUGAUCAAUAUCAAAAUGAUUGUAUGUUGAAUUUUGUGUUUCUAUGGGAAUAAAUGGUUUGCCACUUCAUUUUCAUAUCUGUUCAGUGUCUGUAUUGUCCCAUAUUUCCUCCACCUCCAGUUGAUUCUGUCGCUGCUGUGCUGGUGUUGCUCAUCUUGUCCAAAUGCUAAUCUGCGCUUUGCCUCGGCUUUCUGCUCUGUUGUCUUGUCCUCUGUCCUCCCCCUCUCCUCACCAUCCAACCCUUUCGGUCCUCUCCCUCUGUUGUCAAUGCCUGUGACAUCUGCAUUGGCUUGCUUUUGUCUGGUCCAAUCAUGCGCCUCCAAACCCUACCCCUCCCUCCCCCUUCAAUCCUGAAUCAUGAUUGGCUGUUCUGACGACGACCCCUGCCCUGCCCGCUCUGCGCUCCUCCUGCGUGCUUGCUCCCGCCCUGUCCUGCCAUGCCUUGCCCUGAUUGGUGGCUGCCUCCCUGUGCCUUCUCUGUGAUUGGCUGUGCUGUUGGGGAACGGUGUAGUUCACCAAAAUUUGGGCUUCUUGCUGACAGGUACCACUUCUGUGAGAAGUGCUUCAACGAAAUCCAGGGGGACAACGUGUCCCUAGGAGACGACCCCUCCCAGCCUCCGACGUGAGUAUAACGUUACCCUCUAGCCUUCCCUCAACUUGUCUUUAGUUUUAACUUACAUUUUAUAUUUAGGCUUCUAUUAUUUGACUCCUCAUAUGCCAAGCUUCUCCCUCAUAUCUGCUUAAAGUACCUCCAUUUGCUGUUAUUGGUAAUAUUUUGUGAAUGUCUCCUUUCCAUUUCUAUGUUUUCUGUGGUAUUCUGUCUCCUGCAGUAGUUGAUUGUUUUUAUUGUACAUCUGUACUGCCGCUGUUAUUGUGUCUCACCUCUCACACUGUGGUUUUCCUCAAUAGGCCUACAUCUGUUCUGUUCUGCAGCAUCUCUUUAGUAAAUCAAGAUUGGCAACAUUGCAUAUUUAAAAUAUCGGGCCAGGAUAUCUGGCGGAUUUCAUGAGUCUUAAACUUUUAAUAUAUGAAAUGUUGGACAAGGGCCCAGCCAGAGAAUCCAAUGAUCCCACCUUGUGGUGAUUUAGAGUUUGAUGCUGUAUUUAUUUAAUGGUUGGUAAAACAAAAAUGUGAAAUGUCGGGGGGGGGGGGCGAAACCCUGUAACUGUUAGACCGGUGGUUUUCAUCCGGUGUGCCUUGAGGAGCGCUCCGGUGUGUCGUGAAACUUUUCCUAAUCUUGAUUUUAAUUUUAUUAUACACUCACUUAUAAACGUGACCUGUGGAAUGCACAUUGAAUUUUGAAUUGGGAAUUGAACCAGUGCCGCUCAGAUAAAUACAUGGUUACAUCUGUAUCGUCGUUUCAAGUCCGGUGUUCUCAGGCUGUUGUUACAAAAUGGAUGAUAUUGCAGUAUGGAUCAGAUGAGAUGGAGGUCAUUACCACUAAAUAAAUGUAAUGGACUUUUUUUAGGUGUGCUGCAGAUAAUCUUUUUUUUUUUUUUUUAUCCCAUCAAGGUGUGCCAUGGUUCAAAGAUGUUUGGGAACCACCUAGACUGUGGUUCAUCCAUCGUACCCUUUCCAUUUGUAUUUUUGUUAAUGAGGCUUUUGACUGGGUGUGUCAUGGGGUGGCCUGGUUGUUGACUGGGGGGGGGGGGCGGCCUGGUUGUUGACUGGGGGGGCGGCCUGGUCAUUGACUGGGGGCGUGGUGGGGAGGCGGGGGUGGUGGCCUGGGUGCGGUUGUUGACUGGGGGGGGGGGUGGCCUGGUUGCGGUUGUUGACUGGGGGGUGGCAUUUCUUCUUUCUCAUUUCAGUUCCAUCGGUAAAGAUCAGUUUGAGAAGAAGAAGAAUGACACACUGGACCCUGAAUUGUAAGUCCACCCUUAGAAGUAUAUAUCUUGUUGAAUAAUUGCAUUCAUAUUUACAUUUUAGUAAUUUAGCAGACGCUCUUAUUUUUUUAUUUUAGUCAUUUAGCAGACGCUCUUAUCCAGAGUGACUUACAGGAGCAAUUAGGGUUAAGUGCCUUGCUCAAGGGCACAUCGACAGAUUUUUCACCUAGUCGGCUCUGGGAUUAGAACCAGCGACCUUUCGGUUACUGGCACUACGCUCUUAACCACUAAGCUACCUGCCGCUUAUCCAGAGCGACUUACAGUUAGUGCAUACAUUUUCAUACUGGCCCCCUGUGGGAAACGAACCCACAACCCUGGCGUUGCAAGCACCAUGCUCUACCAACUGAGCUACAGGGGACUAUUGAGCGCAAUGUAGUUGUGCAGUUGUAAGCAGUCGCAGUGAUUCGAUUUCGCUCCUCUCUGCAGGCUUGUGGAAUGUCUGGACUGUGGACGUAAGAUGCACCAGAUCUGUGUCCUGCACAACGACACCAUCUGGCCGUUAGGGUAAGUCUGUCUGCCUGCCCUGUAACCAGAAAAGAUUAGGCAGUUUGAGUCUUAGUAGACUCUGGUUUCUCUAAUGAACUUUCUCCCACCAGUUUUAAUUGUGAUGGCUGCUUAAAGAAGUUGAAUAAGACUCGUAGAGAGAACAAGUAUGCCGCCAAAAGUAAGUACCAAUGUCUUCUUCUUUCUUUUUUUUAUCACUAAAUAUUAUUUACCGGUCUCCAUUUUGAUGUAGUUCUUCCCUCUUUACCUAGCUUACUUGUAACUAAACUAAGCUCAUCUCACUCCCUCUCUCCAGGGUUGCCCCACACUAAACUGGGCUGUUAUUUGGAGACGAGGGUGAAUGACUUCCUGAAGCGUCAGAGCCACCCUGAGUCGGGUGACGUCACCAUCCGAGUCGUCCACGUCUCUGACAAGGUGGUGGAGGUCAAACCAGGCAUGAAGUCCAGGUAAGGGACAGGCACUGCGGGGGGGGGGGGGGGGUAGUAAGCAUGUUACCCUGAAGAAAUAGAUCAGGAGCAAGGGAUACAGGUAGUGGUGGAACGAGUGGGGUUAAUGUAGUAAUUUGCUGAAUCCCAUAGCAACCCCUAGGCACUGAGAGGAUUGGAUUACUUCUUUCUCUCAGAAUUUGAGUUUUUUUUCUUUUCAGAAUUGUUAGAUGGAGAAGCUGUAACUCUCUGAAUGGUGAAGAUAUAAAGAUAUUGGUAUGCCGGGUUGGGGAGUAACUGAUUACAUGUAAUCUGAUUACAAAACUAAUCAGUUACAUUACCAGCGACAGUAUUGUAAUGAGAUACUUUUGAAAAACUAGAUUACUUCUUGGAUUACUUUUACAUUUUAAGUUUGUUCCACAUGACCGAGUCUGAUCACAAGUCAGACCAAUAUGAUGAUUCACAAAUGAUGGAUCCUUUUAGUCUUCUUCUUCUAAUGCCUCUUAAGGGGACAGUAGUCUAAAACUAACUGAAAGUAAUCAGAUAACGUUACUGAUGACCAGUAACUAGUAACUAACGGAUUACAUUUAGAAAGUAACGUACCUAACCCUGUUGGUAUGCAUCCAUUGUAGCAUCAAUCUCACUCUUGUCGUGUCUCCCAGGUUUGUGGACACUGGGGAGAUGUGUGAGUCGUUCCCAUACAGAACGAAAGCCCUGUUUGCCUUUGAAGACAUCGAUGGAGCUGACGUCUGCUUCUUCGGCAUGCAUGUACAGGAGUAUGGCUCCGACUGCCCUCCUCCCAAUCAGAGGUAAUGGUUCUUUUUAAGGGUCAAUGUUAUCUCGACUCAGUUGGGAGCAGUUUUAUGUACAUGGAUCAAAGGACUGGACCUCAUCCUUGCUCUCUCUGUCUCCCUCUCUGCCUACUUGUCUACCCCAGACGAGUGUACAUCUCGUACCUGGACAGUGUUCACUUCUUCCAGCCUCGUUCUCUGAGGACGGGCGUCUACCAUGAGAUUCUCAUUGGCUACCUGGAGUAUGUCAAGAAGCUGGGGUACACGACGGGUCACAUCUGGGCAUGCCCACCUAGUGAAGGGGAUGACUACAUCUUCCACUGUCACCCUAUGGACCAGAAGAUCCCCAAGCCUAAGAGGCUACAGGAGUGGUAUAGGAAGAUGCUGGACAAGGCUGUGGUGGAGCGCAUCGUGCACGACUUCAAGGUAAGAGGCUUGAGGGGCCCUUGCGGGGACAAAGUUCAAAUUUUAAUUAAAUUGUCUUGCUCUCAUCCGCAAGUGGAAGGGUUGAGUACACAAGGACAGAGUCAUGGAUUGGCUUCUGAGAUGGAGAACCAUUUUAUCACUGUUCAUGUUGUUGUGACCACUUGAAGUGGUGUUACUCAUUUGUUACAUAAAGCAGAAGGAGUGGAUCUGUGUUUAAUCUCUUUCCCUCCCUCUCGCAGGACAUCUUCAAGCAGGCCACGGAGGACCGUCUGACCAGUGCCAAGGAGCUGCCGUACUUUGAGGGGGACUUCUGGCCCAACGUGCUAGAGGAGAGCAUCAAGGAGCUGGAGCAGGAGGAGGAGGAGAGGAAGAGAGAGGAAAACAGCACUUCCAACGAGAGCAUAGAUGUAAGUGAGAUGGGUAGUUACUACAAGGUACAUUGCAGUGUGUUCUUAUGGAUCUUUGUUGUGAUGUCUUUCAAUGUGAUAAUUUUAUUCAAUUGUUUUAUUUAAAUACAUGCUUGUAUGAACUGCAUUUCUACAUUCGAACUAAAAAUAGUUAAUAAUUCACCUUCACCACACAUCCAGGCCACGAAGGGCGACAGCAAAAACGCCAAAAAGAAGAACAACAAGAAGACUUCUAAGAAUAAGAGCAGCAGUAUGAGCCGAGCCAAUAAGAAGAAGCCAGGCUUGCCCAACGUGUCCAAUGACCUCUCUCAGAAACUCUACGCCAGCAUGGAGAAGCAUAAAGAGGUAGGAGGGAGAGACCGUUGAAUGUUUUUAAUGUAUUUCUGAACAUAAGUUACAAACAUUAGGUAGUAAAUCAGGCUCCCUUGGAGUAAAUUGGUGAGAAACAGAUUUUAGGACCGUCUGAACGAGUCAAAUUGUAUUUGUCACCAUGAAAUGCUUACUUACAAGCCCUUAACCAACAAUGCAGAUCAAGAAAUGGAGUUAAGAAAAUAUUGAUUAAAUAAACUUAAUUAAAAAGUAACACAAUUAAAUAACGAGGCUAUAUACAGGGGGUACCAGUACCGAGUCGAUGUGCGGGGGUACAGGUUAGUCAAGGUAAUUUGUACAUGUAGGUAGGGGUAAAGUACUUUCCACUAAGACAGUAUCUUUUCACUCUUCUCUGUUAACCCUCCCUUCUCUCCUCGCCAGGUAUUCUUUGUGAUCCGUCUGAUAGCGGCGCCCAUGUCCAACACGCUGGGUCCCAUCACGGACCCCGACGGCCUGAUGGCCUGCGACCUGAUGGACGGGCGCGACGCCUUCCUCACCCUGGCCCGGGACAAACACCUGGAGUUCAGCUCGCUGCGCAGGUCCAAGUGGAGCUCCAUGUGCAUGCUGGUGGAGCUGCACAACCAGAGCCAGGACCGCUUCGUCUACACCUGCAACGAGUGCAAGGGCCAUGUGGAGACACGCUACCACUGCACUGUCUGCGAGGUGAGGGUUAGGGAGGGGAAGGGUAAAGCUGGGACGAUAAACUGAAAAUUACAGACAUUGCCUUCCUCUUACCAAAGCAAUUUUGCUUAUGUAAAAAUUUUUUGUUCUAAAACAAUUUUGGGGUCAUUAUUCUGAUCCCUGCAAUGAAAGUAUAUGUCCUGUCCCUGUUUCACUGCCUGUCCCCAUGUGAACACGAAUUGUGUCCAUUGUGCAACAUUUCCAAAUUGCAAUUGUGGGGAAAAACACUGUUUUUUUAAAGCGACUACCAUUGUCAAAGAGAGGAGAGUGUAAGCUUUCUGAGUAUAACAUGUAUUUCUCAUCUCUGAAUAUUGAGCAAAUGGCACCAGCACUUUACAAACGAUUGUGAAGCCUAAUAUGGUUGAGAUUAUGCGCCCGCGGAGAGUAGCACGCCAUUCACAUUGAAUACAUCAAGUAGCCUAGGCCUACAGACUGAAGGUUUUUGUAGGACAUUAAAGCUAGAAUCCUUAGUUGCUACAUACAUUUUUGGACUUAUAAAUUGAUGAGUAAAGAAAGGAUUGUGUAACCAACACCUACAUGCUUUCUCCCCCCCUCUGUCCCAGGACUAUGACCUGUGCAUCACCUGCUACAACACGAAGGGCCACAUCCACAAGAUGGAGAAGCUGGGUCUGGGCCUGGAUGACGAGAGCAACAACCCGGCCUCCUCGUCCAUCGCCAACCCCGGGGACUCGCGGCGCCUCAGCAUCCAGCGCUGCAUCCAGUCUCUCGUCCACGCCUGCCAGUGUCGCAAUGCCAACUGCAGCCUGCCGUCCUGUCAGAAGAUGAAGCGCGUGGUGCAGCACACGAAAGGGUGCAAGCGAAAGACCAACGGCGGCUGCCCCAUCUGCAAGCAGCUCAUCGCCUUGUGCUGCUACCACGCCAAGCACUGCCAGGAGAACAAGUGUCCCGUGCCGUUCUGUCUGAACAUCAAGCACAAGCUGAGGCAGCAGCAGCUCCAGCACCGUCUCCAGCAGGCCCAGAUGCUGCGGAGGAGGAUGGCCAGCAUGCAGAGGGUGGGUCAGCCACCUCCAGGACCGGGGGGAAACGGUGGACUACCAUCCCCUGGAAACAACAGCACCACAGGGCCCAGUACACCCUUGUCUGUGGGCACGCAGCCCCCCACCCCUCAGACCCCCACCCAGGGGAACAUGCCCCAGCAGGGGAUGGGUCAGGGCCCCCCAGGGCAGCAGCAGCAGCAGAGCAGCAUGACCCAGCAGCACCACAUGCACCACCAGUUCCAGCAGCAGAUGCAGCAGCAGAUGCAGCAGCAGGGGGGAGGGGGAUUGAUGAAUUCUCCUCAGCAGCAACAGAUGGUCCAACAACAGCUCCAACAGCAGCAGCAGGGCCAGUCUCCAAAUGUUCAGCAGAUGCAGCACCCAGGAGGUCUUCCCCCUUACACCCCCAGACCUCCAGGCGCCUCGCCCCUCCACCAGUCCCUGGGUAAACCCGGUCUGGGCCCAGCCACCCCGCCACAGCAGCAGGCCAACCCCGGCCAGGGCUCCAUGCCCCAGGGACAACCGCAGCAGGGGCCUCCUCCGGCAGCGGUGGAGAUAGCGUUGAAGAUCCAGCGUGUGGCAGAGACCCAGCGUCAGAUGGCACAGGCCCAGGCCCAGAUCCUCCAGAGGCAGCAGGCGGCCCAGAGUGGAGGCAUGAUGCCCCCUCACCACCAGAACCCCCAGGCCCAGAUGCAGGGCAUGGCCCACCCAGGAGCAGGCAUGGUAGGACACCAGGGGAUGGCUCCCCAGGGCCAGGGUGUGGCAGGAAGAACCCUGAUGGAGCAGCAGGGGAUGGUGGUAGGGCCAGGAGGCAUGCAACAGCAGUCCCAGCUCCCCCCUCAGGUUCAGCUCCAGCAGCAGGCCCAACUCCAGAACCCCAACCAACAGCAGUGGGGCGGCCCGGGUGGGAUGACCCCCCAGCAGAGGCAAGGCAUGAUGGGACAGAUGGGUCACCUGACACCGCAACAACAACAGCAGCUUGCCCAGCAGCAGCAACAGCAGCAGCAACAGCAAGGUCAGACCCAGCAACAACAACAACAGCAGGCAGGGCAAGGGGGGUUAAUGGGGCUGAUGGGAGGUCCAGGGGGCGUGGCCGGGGCGGCAGCGGCGAUGGUGGGGACAGGGAACCUCCCCCAGGCAGCUCUACAGGACCUCCUGCGUACCCUCCGCUCCCCCAGCUCCCCUGGCCAGCAGCAACAGGUCCUCAACAUCCUCCGCUCCAACCCCCUCCUCAUGGCUGCCUUCAUCAAGCAGCGAGCCGCCCGAUACCAGGGAGGUCCAGGGGUGCCUGAGGCACCAGGAGGGGGGCCUGGAGGCGUGCGGUUCAAGGGGGCCCGUGGUGGGGUAGGAGUGGGCCCUGGAGGGCCUGGUGGUAACCAGGUUGUCAUGGAUGGUCAGCAGGUCAACGUAAACCCCGGUGUGGCCCAGGCAGGUAUGAACAUGGGCCAGGGAGUAGGAGGAGGAGGAAACAUACCCACUAUGGCUCAGCUACAGCAGUUACAGCAGCAGCAACAGCAACAGCGCCCCCUCCUGCCUGGGAGUUUGCAGCAACAGCAGCAAAUGGCAGCACUACAACAGCAACAAGGCGGUAUGCCAGGCCAAGGCACCCCAAUGUCCAACAUGACUCCCCAGUUCAGAGAGAUUCUGAUGAGAAGGCACCUGCAACAGCAGCAGCAAGCAGCAACACAACAGCAACACAGCAGCAGCAACAACAGCAACAGCAGCAGCAACAACAGCAGCAGCAGCAGCAACAGAUGAGUAACAAUGGUCAGUUCCAGCAGCCCCAGCCCCCUCAACAGCAACAGCAGCAGCAGGGUCAGGUCCAGCAGGGCUUCAUGCAGCAGGGCCAGCCUGGUCAACCAGGCCUGACCCAGUCUGGGGGAGGAGGGCCGCAGCAGGGGGGGCCCCAGGGGCCCCAGCCGGGUCAAGGGCAGGGCCAGCAAGGGCAGGGCUACCCUGGAACCAUGUCCCAGCAGGUAGCCACAGCCCUGCAACAGAGACUGCAGCACCAGAUGCAGAUGCAGCAGCAGAUGCAGCAACAACAGGAUGGUGGGGGGCCUGGGCAGCUCCAACAGGGUCCCCAGCAAGGCCAAGGUGGUCCCCCCCAGCCCCUCCCAUACCAUGCUCCAGCAGGCCCUCCACCAGAGACUCCUCCAGCAGCAGCACCUAGGAGGGGGCUCGCCCGCCCAGCACGGCAGUCCUAUGAGCCCCCAGCAGCAGAUGGCCCAGUCCCCCCACCUCCAGGGUCAGGCUCUGGGCGGUCAGUCACUCAGCAACCAGGUGCGUUCUCCUCAGCCUUCCCCUCGGCCACAGUCCCAGCCGCCUCACUCCAGCCCCUCGCCACGCAUGCAGCCCCAGCCUUCCCCUCACCACAUCUCCCCCCAGACCCAGACAGGCUCCCCGCACCCGGGUCAUCUCUCCCAGCACCACCCUAGCAUGGUGGCCCCCCAAAACCCACAGCAACAAUUGUCACAGCAACAACAACAACAACAGACUAACUCUGGGGACCCGGGUACGUUUGGUUCGGACCCCAGUGCUAUGAUGUCCCAGAUAAGUGGGAUAGGGGGGCUUUCAUGGCCCGGGGCAGUCGGACAUGUUGGG